GCACAAGCAGAUGGUGGCCCGUCCUGUGUAGGCUUGUCAUGAAUCUAGGAGCCUUGGCGUUAAAAAACAAUGAAGAAAUUCAGGACGUGGGCUUGGAGGGGGCCGCCGGAGCUGUGCCUUCUUCUCUGGGCCACCCUGGGCUGUCUCAGUUUGUCUGGCUCCAGGAGUGAAAGGCUGCAUUCCUUUGAGUCAAAUGCAGUCAACAAGAGCUUUGCUAAGAGCAGGCACAUUCGGAGUGUGGACGUCGCCCCGAUGCCUAUUGAUUGUGAACUUUCCAGCUGGUCCUCCUGGACCACAUGUGAUCCCUGCCAAAAGAAGAGGUACAGACACGCCUACUUGCUCCGGCCCUCGCAGUUCCAGGGAGACCCAUGCAGCUCCUCUGACAAGGAAGUGGAAGACUGCGUUACUAACAGACCCUGCAGAAGUCAAGUGCGAUGUGAAGGCUUUGUGUGUGCACAGACAGGGAGGUGUGUGAACCGCAGACUUCUUUGCAAUGGGGAUAAUGACUGUGGAGACCAGUCCGAUGAGGCAAACUGUAGACGGAUUUAUAAAAAGUGUCAGCACGAAAUGGACCAAUACUGGGCAAUUGACCGUCUGGCCAGCGGGGUAAAUUUGUUCACCAACAGUUUGGAGGGCCCGGUUCUUGAUCACAGGUAUUAUGCUGGCGGAUGCUCCCCGCAUUACAUCCUGAACACCAAGUUUAGGAAGCCUUACAAUGUGGAAAGCUACACACCACAGACCCAAGGCAAAUAUGAAUUUGCCCUGGCAGAAUAUGAAUCAUACACGGAUUUUGAACACAAUGUCAUGGAGAAUACAAGAAGCCAGUCGAGCUUCAGUUUGGAUUUUAAAAUAAAGGGAGUGUUUGAACUUGGCUAUAACGAACAAAGUGACCAAGGAAAAAAUUAUAUUAAGCGAAUAAAACGAUUCUCUCAUACUAAAAGCGCGUUUCUGCACGCACGCUCUGACCUUGAAGUUGCACGUUACAAGCUGAAACCCAGAAGCCUCAUGCUGCAUUACGAGUUCCUGCAGAGAGUCCGGCGGCUGCCCCUGGAGUACGGCUACGGGGAGUACAGAGAUCUCUUCCGAGAUUUUGGGACCCACUACAUCACCGAGGCCGUGCUCGGGGGCAUUUAUGAAUACACACUCGUUAUGAACAAAGAGGCCAUGGAGAGAGCAGAUUAUUCUCUCAGCAACGUGCACGCCUGUGCCAAAUACGAUUUUAAACUUGGUGCUGCCAUUGAAGAUGUCUACGUCAGGCUGGGCGUGUCAGAAAGCAAGUGCAGGGCUAUCCUCAAUGAGAUCAAAGACAGGAACAAGAGGAGCACCAUGGUGGAGGACUUGGUGGUCCUGGUACGGGGAGGGGCAAGUGAGCACAUCACUGCCCUGGCCUACAAGGCGCUGCCGACGGCCGACCUGAUGCAGGAGUGGGGAGACGCAGUGCAGUACAACCCGGCCAUCGUCAAGGUUAAGGUGGAGCCUCUGUAUGAACUGGUGACGGCCACAGACUUCGCCUUUUCCAGCACAGUGAAGCAGAACAUGAAGCAGGCCCUGGAGGAGUUCCAGAGGGAAUUCAGCCCCUGCCACUGUGCCCCGUGUCACGGGAACGGAGUGCCUGUCCUGAAAGAAUCACGCUGUGACUGCAUCUGUCCUGUGGGAUUCCGAGGCCCAGCCUGUGAGAUCACCUCUCGGCAAAAUGUUCUCACUGAUGGGAAGUGGAAUUGCUGGUCAAACUGGUCUUCCUGCUCUGGAGGGCGUAAGACAAGACAACGGCAGUGUACCAAUCCACCUCCUCAAAACGGGGGCAGCCCCUGCCCCGGUCCUGAUUCAGAAACCCUCAACUGCUAGGGAAGGAGAGUUUCUAGAGGAUGAUACAGCUGUGGGCUGCAACAGGGACAGCUCUGAGCCCUCAAGAACUCAGGCCAGCUCAUCCCCACUCCACCUGCCACCUGGGACUCACCCGAGGGCAGAAGCAGUGCCAUGCAGGCUGUUUAAAAUAGAGAUUUUAGUUUGUAAAAUGCACAUUGAUUUGGAUAGUGAGUUAAA